AAAAAAAAAAAAAAAAAAAAAAAAAAUUUAGCGACUUGUGAGACUGGACCAGACAGGACAUGUUUUAUAAAUAAAAUAAUAAAACAAUGAAUCAAACUGAUUUUAAAAAAAAAGACUGUACAGUUGUAGAGACAGUAUGAUAAGGCGAUUCAUUUUCAGUUUUUUUUUUAAAUUAAAUGUUAAAAUACAUUACAAACAUGAGGUUUUCUAGGUUUACUUCAACAAAAGUAAUGCUCACAUUAAGUAUCAUUUUCAGUUUAGAUGACGUGAUACUUCUUUCUCCACUGAUGCUCUCUAACCGAUUACAAACUGCUGUAAAGACGCAGCUUUAAACUCCUCUGGGUUUACUCACUGUGUGCGCGCUCCCGCGUAACCGAGGGAUAUACGCGCGCCCGCCCGCUUAUUACGAGCUGUGAGUCCACGCGGUAAAGCUGAUGCCAGUCGCCAUAGCGACAAGACCCCGGAAAUACACCACAACCUGCCGUUGGUGAUCAGCUUACUGCACGUUUAUCUGUCGCUUCGUUUAUCAGAGAGGGACUCUGUUUGUUUGUUUGUUUGUUUGUUUGUUUGUUUAUUUGUCUGGUCAAUAAACAUGUCGGAGCCUGAAGAGGAGCUGCAGGGAGAGCAGCGAGACAGCACGAAGAAGAAGAAGAAAGAGAAACGGAGCGGGAAGAAGAAGAAGAAGCAGAAGGAGAAGCGGGAAGAAGAAGAAGAGGAAGAAGCACAGCAGCAGGUGGAGGAAGAUGAUGAGGAAGAGCACAGUGAGUGUGUUGUGCUGCGUGGGAUCUUCAAACUGGGGAAGAAGAGUCAUGACGUACUGCUCACCCGAACCAGACUGACCUGGACCCCCAUCACCCCCGAGAACCCCACAGGUGAGGCGUGCGUGCUGCAGCCAGGUGUGAUGCUGCUACAGGACGUGUUUGCAGUGAAGGUGAAGCGGCGGCGAGCAGCGGGCCAGGAGUCCGGGGGAGCUGUGCUCGGUGUGGCUCUGUUCUGCUGCAGGAGGAAAGGGAGGAGGCUGGAGGAGGACACGCUACACCUCCACAAUGCCUCUGCCGAGCACACAAACACCUGGUACAACACCCUGAAGGAGCUGCUCACAGGGUUCAGCAGUCGGCCCAGGUAUCUGAAGGUGUUCAUCAACCCCAGCAGCCACAAGAAGGAGGCUGUUCACAUCUACAGAGAACAUGUGGCUUCGCUCUUCAAGAUGGCGGACGUCCGCACCGACAUCACCGUGACAGAGAGGAAGGGUCAUGCUCUCUCAGUGAUGAAGGAAUGCAAGCUGGAUGAAUAUGAUGGGGUGGUGUGUGUUGGGGGGGACGGCUCGGUGGCAGAGCUGUGUCACGCCCUGGUCCUCAGAGCUCAGCUGGAUGCAGACUCUCCAGAGAAACCAGUGAAACCAGUGCUUCCACUGGGGAUCAUUCCUGCUGGCUCUACAGAUGUGGUUUCCUGUUCUGUCCAUGGAGUCAGAGAUCCAGUCACUGCAGCCCUGCACAUCGUCCUGGGUCACCUGCAGCAGGUGGACAUGUGCAGCUUCUCCUCUCUCGGACAAUUGGUGUGUUUUGGUUUCUCCGCCAUGUUUGGCUUCGGUGGGCGCAGCUUAGCACGGGCAGAGAAGAAGAGGUGGAUGCCAUCAUCACGACGACGAGAGUACGCUCUGGUGAAGACUCUGGCUAGACUAAGACCAGAGGACUGUCAGCUGUCUUUCCUACCAACGAAGAAGUCAACCACGAAUCUGUUUGAACGUCGAAACCAGGAUCAGGACCUGGACCAGGAUCCAGAUUCAGAGGGGGAGGAGUCCUGGACGACCAAUCAGGGGCUGUAUCUGAGCGUCAGCAUCAUGUCCAUCCCCUGCCUGAGUCCACAUGCUCCUCGAGGCCUGGCUCCCAACACCAGUUUGGCAAAUGGCAGCGCGGCACUGAUCGCAGUGGGAAACACUUCCAGGUCAGAGUUCGUCAAACACCUGAAGAGAUACAGCAGCUCCAGCGGACAGUUCAGCUUCUCUUUCGUGGAAACGCACGCCGUGUCAGCAGUGAGGAUCCGCCCCCGUUCAGUGAUUGGCUUAUCGGAGGAGGAGAGCGAGGAGGAAGGCGACUCCAAAACAAAACCCAUCAUCCAAUCAGAGGGAGCCGCCUUCCCCUGGAAUAUCGACGGAGAGCUGGUGGAGAUUGCUAACGAAGUGCUCAUCAGGGUACACCCACGGCUCAUCACUUUGUACGGGGAGGAAGUGGACGAGGCUGAGUCGACUAUUUCCUGCAGCUGCAUCUGAGUCCAGCUGAAGGCGCUGUGUUUGUUUGUUGGGAUCAAAACACGUUGCCAUGGUAACCACAAUGCAUAAACAGUGGCCUCUAGGUCAUUACGGUUUCCAUGGCGAUUGUGAACUAAUAUUGAACUUUCAUUCAAAGAAGCAAAGACUCAGAAAUAGAAAGUUUUGCAUCUUCCUGCUGCUGCAACAAUUUAUUUUUUUUCUCACAUUAUUGCAACUUUAAUAAUCACUAUCUUAAAUGAUAUGCUACUGUCACUCCAAUCGUUGAGCAUAACGAUUCAUAUUUUAUAUUCAAAUGAAUGUUUAUAUUUUUCCAUAUUUUAAUUACCAGCUUUUCUCACUUGACUUGACUUUAAUAUUUGUUGCAUAUUUUUUUAUUACAAGUUUAAUUUUUUGUUUUAUCUCGUCCAGUUUCUGGUUGUGCAUGUGUUGCAGCAACAACACUGCUGCAGAACCAGAAAGGAUGACUUCAUUGUGUCUAAAGACUGUAAAAGUUUUAUAUGUGAAUAUAACAGAUAACUGUUUUUAUGUUGAAGUUCUUUGAGGCUUUGUUUAGAGAUAAGAGAUUUUUAGAGUAACUGCUGUGAUCAAGAUGAGAGAGAAACAUGUACAAGUUGUUGUUUAAAUAGAAAAUAAUUUUAAUAGAAAAGUGUUGAUAAAAGCAGUGAGACUCUCCAGUGCAGAACAAGUUCACAAAAACAAUAACAAACUAAUUCAUUAAAAUAUUAAAAACUUC